AUGCAUCUGCCUUUUUUCCUUCAGUCGCCAGAUAACGAUGAGGACAACAAGCCUAAGAAGGGGAAGAAAGAGCAACAGAAGAAAGGAAGACCUGCUAAAGCAUCACGCAGCGAAGAUGAAGAGGAGGAGGAGGAGGAGGAGGACAGUGACGAAUGUGACACCAUGAAGUGUGCAGAGGAUGUGAUCGCAGAGCAGGCCCAGCAGCAGGACGACGACCCGUUAGCUAACCUCAGCAAGAAGGAGAAGAAGAAGAUAAAGAAACAGUCCGUGUCGGUGGCCCUUGGGGAAACUGUUGGGACCUCCGCCGGGCAACAGCCAAAUCCCAGCAUCUCCUCCUCCUGGCCUGGCUGGAGAGAAGGUUGCACGGGCCACGGAUACAGCUUUCACUUGUGGAGCGAGAUGGCAAUGAUGAAUGGUGUCUAUGAAGAGAUGAGGGCCAUCGGAGCUGCAGCAGCGGAGCCCAAGGCCCGCAGAAUCCUGGCCGGUCUGUCCUUCACCACCGAGAUGCAGAACAGACCCACCAAGAGGUUCUCCGGAGGCUGGAGGAUGAGAGUCUCCCUGGCCAGAGCCCUGUUCAUGGAGCCCACCCUACUGAUGCUGGACGAGCCCACCAACCACCUGGACCUGAACGCUGUCAUCUGGCUCAACAACUACCUUCAAGGCUGGAAGAAGACCCUCCUCAUAGUUUCCCACGACCAGAGUUUCCUUGACGAGGUGUGUUCGGAUAUCAUCCACUUAGACUACCAGAAGCUCUUCUACUACAGAGGGAACUACUUGACCUUCAAGAAGAUGUAUGUGCAGAAGCAGAAAGAGAUGCAGAAACAGUAUGACAAGCAGGAGAAGAAGCUCAAAGACCUGAAAUCUGGGGGCAAGUCCACGAAACAAGCUGAGAAGCAAACAAAGGAGGCGUUGACCAGGAAGCAGCAGAAGGGCAAGAAGAAGGGCCCUCAGGAGGAGGAGAGCCAGGACGCCACGGAGCUGCUGAAGAGGCCCAAAGAGUACACCGUCAAGUUCACUUUCCCCAACCCCCCGCCCCUCUCUCCACCCAUCCUGGGACUUCACUGUGUUGACUUCGGCUAUGAAAAUAAGCCUCUCUUCAAAAAUGUGGACUUUGGAAUCGACAUGGAGUCCAGGAUCUGUAUAGUGGGACCCAAUGGUGUGGGGAAGAGUACCCUACUGCUGCUGCUCACUGGGAAGCUGCAGCCUACCAAAGGAGAGAUGAGGAAGAACCAUCGCUUGCUGAUGAAGAGUGUAACCGGGGUCUCUGCUGCACAGCUGAACAUGGAGGAGACGGCCACAGAGUACCUUAUGAGAAACUUCAACCUCCCCUACCAGGACGGCAGGAAGUGCCUGGGACGCUUCGGCCUGGAGAGCCACGCCCACACCAUCCAGAUCUCCAAAUUGUCCGGAGGUCAGAAGGCCAGAGUAGUGUUUGCUGAGCUGUCCUGUCGGCAGCCUGAUGUCCUCAUCCUUGAUGAACCUACCAACAACUUAGAUAUUGAGUCCAUCGAUGCCUUGUCGGAGGCCAUCAAUGAAUAUAAAGGAGGUGAGAAGCAUGUGUUCUGUAAGUGACUGUAAGUGUGUGUG